UAAAAAAAAAAGAUAUGAGUUUAAAAUAUGUUUAUAAGCUAAAGUAAUCUCGAUUUUGUAAAAUUGAGCUAUUCCAACCCAAUUCUUAAAAUGGUGUUUCAAGCUUUCAAGUAAUGGCAAUUUCCACCCGAAUUCGUAGGUUGGUUUGUCAACCUUAUUAAUUCUGUUCAAACCUAUGUGAGGGAGACCCACCAUUGUUUUUUUCUUGUGGGGGUCUCUUUGAAUUAAUUAAAAAAUAUUGCAUUUUUUAAAAGGUGUUUGUUUGCCGAAACCAAAUUAGCUUCACAAUUUUGUGCUGUUUCAUUUCUUUUGAUUAUCUUAAAUAACAAAUAAAGUGAUUGCCUUAAGUUCCACAUUAGGUCUUGGAGGCUUUCUUAUCUCAUAUACCAAAUUCAAGUUUGACCCGUAAAAGAUUUCCAACCUAUUUUAUUCUUAACUUGCAUCUCCUUUUUCUUGUUUUUAAACUCUCCUUUUCUUCACCAAGUUUUGUUGUCUUUGAAAACAUUCUUCAGCAAUCACUUUUGGGUUGGUUUACUUUGUGAAAUUCAUACAAGGAUGUCUCUGUUGAAGAAGAGUCUGAGUUCAAGAGUUGAGAAUGUUGAAGAGAGCAAGGAGGAGUUAUCAUUGUUGGACUUGCCUGAGCUGACCUUAGAAUGCAUACUUGAAAAGCUGCCUCCUUCAUCACUCUGUCAAAUGGCUGGUGUGUGCCAUUCCUUGAGAGACAAGUGUGUGAGUGAUUACUUUUGGGAGAGGCACAUGAAGAAUAAAUGGGGUGGAGUUAUUGGACAAGCUGCUUAUAGGGAAUGGAAAUGGUAUGUUGCUUCGAAAAGGGGUGUUAAGGAGUUUAAACAUGGCACACAAACACAAAGAGGCUUCUUGAUGAGUUAUUUCUCUAUUCUUUGGCCUUUUCAGUGGAUGAAAUUAAAGGUUGAUGAUGGAAUUGAUAGCUGCAAGAUGAGGAGUUCUUUGGUUGUUGAUUCUGUUAUGAAUUGGUAUCUUGCUAUUGAGACUGGCAGCUUCUGGUUUCCUGCUCAAGUCUAUAACCGUGAGAACGGUCAUGUUGGAUUCAUGUUGUCUUGCUAUGAUGCUCAAGUUAGCUAUGAUUCGCAAACCGAUACCUUUCAAGCAAGGUAUCCUGCACAUGGAAGAAGAGGAGAUGCUACAGAGUGUGGCAUUCCAUGGAAGAGAUUAAGAGCACCUCCUGUUGAAACUUGUUCACAUGAUCUUCAUAUCUCUGAUUGUUUAAAUAAUUUGCAUCCUGGUGAUCACAUAGAGAUUCAGUGGAGGAGAAAUAAAGAAUAUCCUUAUGGUUGGUGGUAUGGUGUUGUAGGUCACUUGGAGUCAUGCGAUGGGAAUGAAAAUCAUUGCCGAUGUCAUAUUAGUGACACAGUGGUGCUAGAGUUCAGGCAUUACACUCCUGGUUCAAGAUGGAGACAGACUAGUAUCAAUAGAAAAGAUCAUAGAGAGGAAGGAAAUGAGGUUGAUGGAUUUUAUGGGGGAAUAAGAAAGAUUGAGAGUGAGAAUGAAAUUUCCAUUUGGAAACUAAUGUGGCCAUCUCAAGUCAUGGAUUAGUAUUAGCAUGAUUUUGUUACACAAGCAGAAGCAUUCAAGGGAAUCAUAUAUAUUUAGGCCAAUCUAUUCUGAUUUUCUUUUCAUCAUAAAAUUUGUAUAUUUUCCUGAUUUCUAUUCAUGUAAAUUACUCCACAGUUAUGCACAAAAAAUGUACAAAAUAUGUUUUUUUACCUCAAAAUGGCGUCAUUCCUUAUAUAUAGGGGAGAGGAAUAAAGACUUCGCUAUCUUUCAACUGUGGAAUGCGGAGAACCGUUGAAUGUGUUUGAUAUGUAGAUCCUCUACAGUGAGGUACAUGAUAGUCGAGUGGUCAGGAGAAGAUUCUAGAAGUGCAACUGGAUAGCCAGUUGAUGUAUUUCGGUCCAGAGUGACCAAUCUCAUGGUGGUCGGAUUGAGGGGAUAUGGCUGAGCCAUAACAGUUUUCCUCCAAACCCUUGUGCUUGAAUAUCAAGGAUCUUUCCAUAUAAACUUGACAGGGGAUUAUGUUCUAGAUCUUGCUAGAAAAACAAUUUUGGUUGGCAGGUAAUUGAAUUUUUAGAUUGGAGGCAGAAUGUUACAUCAUUGGAGAUUUAAGUGUUAUGGUUGGCAUAUCUGCAUCAACAAUUAUUUUCUUCCUAUGAUAGAACAAUCACUUCUCAUGUGAUGUAACUAGAAGAUUUGAAUAUAAGGCAAGAAUUUCUAGUGA